UACGAAAAAUAACACACUUGUGCAUCCAACAAGCAAGGUUGAACUGACUGGGAUUUGCGUUAACUUUUUCUUCAAACAAACUAAUAAUCAACAAAGAUAAAGAAAUGCCGUUUUUCAACAAAACCCCACACCUCGGGGCUGCCAUAUUAGGAGCUACGAUGGGCAGUGUCGGGACUGUAAUACCAUUUAUGAUGUCUCUUUCGCCCUUCUCAGUCUCAGCAUCAAGCGGAAAUGGAGCUGGAGAGACCCCCAGAGCUUCGGCUUGCAAGGAUGCCUCUAUUCCGCUGGUUACACGUGAUGAUUUGGAGCUUAAGUUUGUGCAGAUUUUGUUUAGACAUGGUGCUAGAACGCCACUAGGAUCUGGAUGUAUCCCAAAGUCUGAGCAGAGCGUUUGGGAUAAAGAUACUUUAUUCCAAGGAGAAGCUGAUCUAUGCAUUGAUUACAAAGUUAGGGCUUUAGAUGGAAGGCCACAGCCUGAAUGGAAAAUUGAGCAGUACUACAGAAAGGCUCCACUAAAGGGUGGAUCUUUUAAAGGUCAACUUACAGCCAAAGGUAUGAAACAAGCCAAUGAUCUUGGAAAGGAAUUGAGAAGACAUUACAUGGAGAAACUUGGAUUCCUACCCAAGGAAUUCAAUCCACAACUGGUAUAUACCAGAUCAACCAAUAUAAAUAGAACAUUGCAGUCACUUGGAUGUUUGCUUGGUGGUUUAUAUGGUGAUACUAUUUCAGCCAAAGAGUUACCAGUGACGUUUUAUGUGGAUGAAGGCAUGGAAGAAAUCUUGUACCCAAACAGACAGCGUUGUGGUCAACUGUCCCACCAUUACAAAUCUGUCUUCACGGAUAUGUUUUGGGUUCCAGAAAUGGGUCAGACAUUCGAUCAAUUUGCCACAAUCCUUGAUUUGAGUGAUGAGGAGAAAAAGAAAUUAGACUUCAUCAAUCUGAGGGAUGAGGUCACUGCUAGAUUAGAACAUUGCAAGGAAGUGCCUGACUUUGUUAUGAAUGUUGUUGAUGUGAUUGAGAAAAAUGCCACCAUUCUGAUGAAGUUUGUGAUUGAAGGCGGCAAUCCAUCUGAGAGGAAUCUCAUCAGAUUCUCAGCUGGUCCCACAAUGCAUUACAUCACUGAAACAAUAGACGCUGCCAACAAGAAGGAGAUUCCUUACAAGUUUCAUCUGAAUUCCUGCCAUGACACAACACUGAUGACUGUCCUACUAGCUUUAGAAGUAUUUGAUGAUAUAUGGCCACCUCUUACUGCUUCAAUCAUAUUUGAACUGUAUGAAGACAAGAAAGGGAAUGCAUUUGUUAGAAUCCUUUAUAAAAACAAGGAGCAAAGGAUAUGCCAAAGUAAAGAGACCCUUCUUCCAUUUGAGAAGUUCAAGCAGCUGAUUGCCCCUGUAUCCUACACUGCCCAAGACUAUGCAGAUGCCUGCAAAGUAACCAGUUAAUGAUUACUCUAUACUAGGAAUAUGAAGAGAUCUAAGCAAAUGAGGUAUUCAGUAUAGACGAUGCUUCUUAGAGAGCUGAUGUAGCACUGUGGAGCAUUACUUGAGAUGAUUCAAGAAAAUAAUAUUACAUCAAGAUUUCUCAACUACAUUACCUCUCAUUUUAGAUAUAUGUACGUUGUUGUAUGACCUUUCAAUUCAAUCAAACUAUCAUUGUAAAUUAUAUUCAAAUUGAAAAGGCAAUCCGCCAUUGAUGCAGACAAGUAGUAAAUGAGCACUGCUUAUGUUCUCCCAUUAAGUUAAAAUUCAUCAAACCAAUUGACCUCACUUGUUAAUUGAGUAUUAUCUACAGUAGUCUGUACAAUCAUUGAUCAUAAACACUAUUGAUGGUUAAAUGAAGUUGUCUCAAUCCAGCCCAUAAUAAAUGAUAACAUCAUUACAAGAUUUGGAUUAUCAUUAAUUGUAUAAUUUUAUUUUGAUUAUCUGAACAAUUUCAAAUCAUUGUUGAUAUUGAAAAAAGCGAUGGACAACUCGAGAGAUGAAACAAUAAAAUUACUUCAUUCACAAGCUAAUUCUCUAUAAAAAGUUGUGAUCAAUAUAAGUCCAACCAUGCCAAAUUUUAGAGACCAUCCAAUGAAUAAGUUGGAAAGCAUGUAUUUCUAUUUUAUACCCACAUAUGCUCAUUGAAGACAUCGCUAUUCUCUUAUCUUUUUGCAGUAACUUGAGAAACAUUACAUUUUUAUGAAAUUUUUAUAUUCAUGCACAUCAGAAUGGCAAUAGUCUGACUGUAUCUUCAGGUUUAGGAAUAGGUCUAGAGAGGUCAUUGUAUUAUUGGCAAUAGCUUGUUCAUGUAAUAACAUACAAAUCAUGAAACUAAUUUUCUUCUCACUUUAGAAAUGUAUUCAUAUUAGAAUGACAAUUAUCUAAGAGGUCAAAGGUCACAAAGGUCGUCGGGUAGCUGAAAGAUCUUACUAUAGCUAUAUGUCAAGUUAAUGGAAAUAGAUUUUAACAGAACCUCUUCUCACUGUACCUACAAACUUCGUUAGAAUUGUGCCACCAUGAAACCCCAGAGGUAUGACCCGGGCCCUGUGACACAAAGGUUAGCAAUUAAUCGCUAAAUAAAACGGCCAAUCAAGAUCAUUGUUGCAUGUGCAUUUUGCUCAGUAGACUGACAAGGAACCAAUCAGCAUUGUUCUUUCAGAUUAGUGAUUAAUUGCUCACCUUUGUGUUAUGGGGCCAAGAUUGAUAACGGGCUAAUUUUCGAUUACAUAAACCAAUCAGUAAGUACUUUGGCAAGGCUUGUUUAAAUUCUGGUUCAACUUGGCUAUGGUUAAAUUUUGUACUAAAUUUAUGGGAAGCCCAAAAAGUGUCAAAAUUUUGUUAACAUUGUGUGUAUCUUAUAUUCACUGUGCUCUUUUAUCAUGCUAUAAUGGAAGGGAAAGCUAAUUCAGUUAUAAUAUAUCUGUAAAGCGAUUAGAGACGUCAUUUUGAUGUGUUAAGCGCUAUAUAAAUAUGGAAUAUUAUCCUAUUAUUAUUAUUUUCCCCCGCACAGUUAUGAAUAAUAAUUAUAGACAGAUGAGCUAAUUAAUUGAACCUGGGAGCCGUUUCAUAAAGCUGUUCGUAAGUUAAGUCGACUUAGAGAUUGACUGGUGAUCCUUUCUUGUGGUGAAUGGUAUACAUCAAAUUGUUCAUUGGCGUUAUGGUUUAGCGUGUAAGAAAGGUUCACCCGUCAUUCGUAAAGUGGCUCUUAACUUAUGAACAGCUUUAUGAAACACCCGUCAUGAAUGUUUGAGAUCAGUGUCAAAAUAAUUGGCUCUACAUAGUUUAACUUUGGAUCAGAGUUUUAAAUUAAACAUGAGAUCUGAAUACAAGCCAUUAUCUUUUAUGUUGGUUUCAUAACGACACUUUACUUUCAAGCUUCUGGUUAUCUGAAGCUUUUGCGUCCAGACCCACUUUGUGAUAUGAUUACAUGAUUGUAAAUUACAAGAAAAGAUAUUUGAAAAGUUAUAUGAAUAUUUGUAUCAUGUGUGUGAACCUUGACAGCUUGUGGAAAAUUGAAAUUGUCUUCUGAGUUCUGAAUUUUCCAUCACCUGUUUUUGUAUGUAUUACAUUGUUUAAAGAGGGGUUAUUUUGUUUUGUUUAAGGGGGUUUUCAAAGUUGAUUAUGAUAUUUGUCAUCUUCCUCCCUUCCCUCUCCUCUCCUUUUUGUUUUUAUUUUAUUCAUUUAUUCCUGUAUUUUCCUCUCUUUCUCUCUUUUUCUUUCUUUGUUUUAUAAAUUCAUUACUUUAACUACUAAUGGCAUUCAAUUAAACUGAAUACAUGUACCAAUAUAUUUAUCUAUUGUAUAGCAAUAUAUUGCUCACAUUGAGUACAUUUUCAAGGUUUGGGGUUGUUUUUGCAACCAUUCUUUUGUUCUGAACACAUAUUUAUCAAUCCAUGCAAUCAUUGCAUGAUUUAAGACAUUUUCCUGGAUUCCAUGGGAAGUAAAGACCUAUACGCUAAUAUUAUAAGUACGUAAGGUAAUGGAGAUCUUAUAUCAUGAUGGUUGCAAUAGCUACUGCCUUUCAUUUGUAAUAUUGAUAUAUAGAUCAUGACUAGUAACUGUGAGAUUUGAUCUCUAUAGUGUAUGAGUUGAUGAUGUUUGACUGAGGGAACAAUGACAAAAUCAGAUCAGAUUGAGUGAAUAUGUAUCCACUUUAUCAGAAAUUAAUCAUGUAUUUGUUUGUUUACAAGAAUUUGUGAUAUUUGUUUGUCCAUGAUUUUUUUCAUGAACAUUCACUGUAAACUUAAAUAUGCAUGUAACAAAGGGUUAUAAGGAAAUACAUUUUUGUUUAACUUAAUCUAAUUUUGGUGAGUAUAGUCAAAAGCUAAUGAUACAUUGAUAUACAAAUAAAAUUGACACUAAAUUUUAUGUUGAAUUAUUGACCGCUUAAGUUUAAAAACUCUCACAAACAAUGUUACUUUUGGCAACACAUUUAAUUGGUUUACUGCUUUACAAUAUUUUUGAUGAAGUCCUAUUCUGCUAUUACCAAAAAAAGAUUACCCGAGUGUGUAUAUCAGCAUUUGCUGUAUUUUACUUUUUGUAGGUACUUCCUUUGUAAAAUGUUUGUAAAGAUGUCUAUGUUUUCAGUAGUCAUCAGUCUCUAAAUAACAAAUGUAGGCAAAUAUCUUGAAUUAUAAUCAUUUUUGUUCUGAAGAAAUAUAGAAGUAUUUACUCAUUAUGAUCAUGUUUCGAUACGUCUUCCAUUUUUCAUACUGCUAAGCAGAGCUACAUUAUCCUUUUCAGUAAACGGUGCUUUAAUAUAAAGUAUAUCAGAGUUGGCCAUUGUGCCAAAUUAUAAUAAAUCAAACACAUGUGCGCAUGUAAAUGCUUUUCAUUAUUCUAUGUUUUGUUAGCCUUAUAAGGUGAUGUCCUAUUCUCAAAUCCUUUUUUAUAAUACAUAUAUUUGUACAGUAUUUGCUGGAAUAUCAUCAAUGUAUGAUAUAUAUCAUAUGUGAUUAUGGCAUUAAAUCUAAUACCCACCAAAAAUAAUGGUUUUGUAAAGCUAAUGUAAGUACUAGUUUGUGAGUGUUUAUGUAUAAUUGAAAAGUAGUCUGAGAUUUUUUUCAUUAAUAAUUAAUCUUGUCAGUGUGAUUCUGUUCUUGUGAAUGUGUUAGAUAUAUAAAGCAAUCAGUGACAUCCCGAUAGUCUGUCCGAUAGUACACGGCGUGUGUGAAAUUAUGGUCAGGAUAUAGUAAGAUGAAAUGUCAUCGAGAGGUUAAAGGUCAACUGAUACGAGACCAUUGGGUUUUAUAUAUAACAAUAAUCCAAAGGGCAAUCGCUUCCCGACAACUACUUCAAGGAACAGUCCCUGGCAGUAAAACUGUUGGGAUAUUUUCCUUCAAGUAGUAGUCAGGGGGCGAUUGUCCUUUAAAUUAUUGAUAAAGAACCCCAUGGUCUUGUAUAAUUUGACCCUUUGACCUCUCAAUGACAUUUGAUCUCACUAUAUCCUGAUCAUAAUUUUACACACACCGCAGACUAUCGGACCCGCGGACUAUCCGGCUGUAGCCAAGCAAUCUUCUUUCAGAACAUGAGUGUUACUUCUUCUUUAUAUAGUGACAUCAAUUAACUUGCAAAAUUAUAUAGUAAUCAUGAAUUUACAAUUAAUGUUGCUUUUCUUGCAAGAUAGUGGAAUGAUUGGGGGCAUCUACCUAAUUUUCAUUCUUUAUCUGAAAGUGUUACAAAAUAGAACAAAGAUUUGUUAAAAUUGUUCUUUAAACAUCGUAUUUUUUCAUGUAUAAGUAUUUUUAAUGGAAAACUGUACAAAUUCUUGUUUUCACACUUUGCUUGAAAGCAUAUAUGUAAAUGAAACAAAAUUAUUCAUAUUUGUUUAAGACAUUGUGAUUUUCAUGUAUGGUACAAAAUAAAGGUAUACGGUUUUG